AACCCGACUACAGAUCAGAGAGACGCCAACAUGAUGCUGUUCCUCUUCCUAUUUCCUCUGGCUCUGGGUGCUGUGUCUCCUUCAGGUGAACUUGAAGUCAAGCUGCUACGUGGAAGCUGUCCCUCGUUCUGGUUCAGCUUUGACGGCCGCUGCUACAAGUACGUUUCUACACAACUGUCCUGGGCUGAUGCUGAGCUCUACUGUGUGUCACAGGGAGCCAACCUGGUGUCUAUCCACAGUGAGGGAGAAAAUAAUUUUGUCAGAUCCUUGGUCAGGAACUUUGACCAUGCUGAGGGACUAACAUGGAUCGGACUCACUGACGCUCACAAGGAAGGAAACUGGAUGUGGUCCGAUGGUUCUGCAGUGAAAUUCACCUUUUGGAAUUCUGGACAGCCAGAUAAUUAUCGUGGAACUGAACACUGUGUUCACAUUAAUUAUGGAACACCCAAGAGAUGGAAUGACGUGACUUGUACUCAUACUUAUCCCUCUGUUUGUGCAACACGCAAAGCCACCUGUCCUUAACAAUUCUUCAACGUGAUUCCUUGUGAUGCUCUGACAUACAUCCUAAACAAACAUAAAAAUGCGCACUUGUACGUUUGUAUGCAGAACUCUUGUAUUGAUUUAUUAUUAUAUAGAAAGAUGAUUUAAAUCCUUACAUUUGUACAUCUUGCAGGUAUUUGUUUUUCAUGUGUUUUGGGUGCAUAGUAAUGUAGAAGAAUACCUUUGACUCCACCAUAUUUGGCGAAUCCUACAGAUGAGAUGGAUGACUAAAGGAAAAAAAAGAAAUAAAAAAUGAUGCAUUGACCUCAAUUGAUUGGAUUAUUUUGUGACUUUUGGGAAGUUGAAUAUGUCAGGCAACAAGUCGAGAAUGUCCCUCGCGACGGAACAUCAUGGACACAUGUACAGACACACAUGCAGUCUGAUUUGACUGUCUCGAGCUAGACUAUAUCUCUGAGUGCUACCUGAUGCUGAAACAUGUUUUUCUUUGUCAAAUGUCAUAAGAAAGAAUAAUUAUGUAAUGUAUGAUGAUAAUAGGGGCGGGACAAGAUAAACUUUUGCUUCUCCCGCUUUCCCUUUCGGGUAUGUGUAUUGUGUGAACUACACUGAUGUGUGAUGAGUGAUCUAAAUGUCAUGACCGAAAUAAGCAUAUAAAUAAAUAAAAUAAAUAAAUAUUUGUCUGACAGCUUUAGUUCCUAAUUACUUUUUCAGUCAAAAUGUUCCAAAUCCAUGAAUCUCAAAAUGUGGUCUUAUCUAUGUUUUAUUGUAAAUUGAAACAUUUUAAGUGUUUUUAUGAUUUAUGGUUUAGGAAAAUCUCCUUAAUGAUGAUAAGAUGUAUAAACACACACUGAUUAAACCAAAUCAACCUCUUGAUGAUUAAAUUAUUCCUGUUGAAAACCUUUGCUCAUGUACAUAAUUUGUUGAUAAUAAAACUAUGAUAAAACAAUCCAUAUUAAAGCUUCGUGACAGUGUCAGCAAAAAGAGAAUACAUUUAAGUCUACCUUCAUAUAUGUAUUAAUAGUCUGAAUUUUCAAAUAGUAAUGCACAUCA